CACCAACCCGCUCAACAUGCAGUCCGUCCGCCAGGGGCUCACGCGCGCCGUGCGCAAUGCUCCUCAGGGCAUCACCCGCUCCGUGGCAGCUCCGUAUGCCACCGUCGCUCCCUCCGAUGCGCCAGGCGCGCCCACUGGCUACGCAGCAACGGGCAUGAACCUCCGGAUAACGAAGGACACAAAGGUGCUAUUUCAAGGCUUCACCGGCAAGCAGGGCACGUUCCAUGCCACUGGAGCCAUUGAAUACGGUACCAACGUCGUUGGAGGCACGAAUCCAAAAAAGGCCGGCAGCGAACAUCUGGGCAAGCCAGUUUUUGCCAAUGUGGAGGAGGCCAGGAAAGCUACUGGCGCCGAUGCAUCCGCCAUCUUCGUCCCACCGCCGCUUGCUGCCGCUGGUAUUGAGGAGGCUUUGAAGGCAGAGAUGCCUCUCGUUGUCUGCAUUACGGAGGGAAUCCCACAACACGACAUGGUUCGCAUUACCGAUAUGCUCAAGACACAGAACAAGACAAGACUGGUCGGGCCCAACUGCCCCGGAAUUAUCGCUCCUGGUCAAUGCAAAAUCGGAAUCAUGCCAGGCUUUAUCCACAAGCGCGGCCGCAUCGGCAUCGUCUCCCGCUCCGGUACCCUCACCUACGAAGCUGUCAACCAGACCACACAAGCCGGGCUGGGCCAGUCGCUCGUCAUCGGAAUCGGCGGUGAUCCCUUCUCCGGCACCAACUUCAUCGACUGCCUACGCGUCUUCCUCUCGGACAAGGACACCGACGGCAUCAUCAUGAUUGGAGAGAUUGGUGGUUCAGCUGAAGAGGAGGCCGCGGACUUCCUGAAGCAGUACAACAACGGCGGCAAGGAUGGCAAGGGCAAGCCAGUGGUCAGCUUCAUCGCGGGUAUCUCUGCGCCGCCAGGCCGAAGAAUGGGUCACGCUGGUGCCAUUGUGUCUGGUGGUAAGGGUGAUGCCAACAGCAAGAUCAAGGCUCUUGAGGGCGCAGGCGUCAUUGUCGAGAGGAGCCCGGCAAGCUUGGGCAAGACUUUGAGGGAUCAGUUCAUUCAGCGGGAUUUGCUAUGA